AUGGGCCAGAGCAGUUCGCGCGGCGUGCCCUCUCCCGCCGAGCGGCGGCGGAGCAGCCAGCGCUCACCGACACCGCGCCGUAUCUCCCACGCCGUCGACGGCUUUUCGACGCCCGAAUCGCAACCCACCUUUCGCUCCUCCGCCCACAGUUUUCUAUCGUUCAACCGUCUCCGCUCCGGCCGCCCAGAUGCUGGCUCGUCUCAAGCGCCCGAAGCUGCAUUCCGCCGCCGCUCCAGGCUGAGCCGCGCUCAGUCGUCGAUAUCAAGCAUUCUCAGCCGUCCGCGCUCGCCCUCGCACGCCCGCGACCGUCCCCAACGCACGAACCCUCGCCGCUUCUCUUCGCCUUUCUGGUCGCCUGCCGAGGCCUUGCCCUCGGCAUCGGAGUCUCCGAGCUCGCCACUUCCCCGUUUGCAGAUGCCUGAACUUGCCGGUGCUCUGAACUUUGAUGACUUAAGCGCCGAGUCCCCCGAGACGGAUCCAUUGCCGCAGAGUCCAUCACAGUCUCGAGAUCAGGAUGCAGAACCCGGGAAUCCGACAAGCCUUCAGCAUCCGAACAGCAUCCUUGAUCGGGUGGCCGGCAGCGUGGUGCCCGAAAGAAGUAGCAGGAGCGUGAGGAACUCGCUGCGGCGGCGGAGGUCCCCUCUCAAUCAGAGCGAGGACAAUGCUGCCAUGCUAUCUCGUCUUCUAUCCGUAGCUGCAGCCGCUACCGCUGCCACGCUCAUGGGCGAAGAUCACCGAGCCGGUGCCGAGGCUCGCAACUUCGUGGGUGGGGACGAGGAUGGCACGUUCGAUGGCUUCCUUCAGUCUCUUCAGAACGGCAGGAUAGCCUCUGCCCUCCGCGGCCACACGGCAGGCAUGGACGUAGACCCGGACGAAUCCAGGCCGCCGGCGCCAUUGAACUUUUUCCGCAUGUUUAGGUUCGGCUCUUCCACCGGUAUGCGGCGUGAAAACACCACAGCGAUGUCUCAUGGCAGCCAGGAUGAAUCGGAUGAGGUUUCUAGUGCGCAGCGUGCAGAUGAGGAUGGCUCGGAGAGCCGCAUGGUCCCUAUCAUCAUCGUCGGCAUUCGCUCUAUCAAUCCCAGCACUGCUGGGGCUGCUCAGCACGACGACAACAUUCCCCCAUUCUUAGACGCUCUUUCUAGUUUCCCCACUCCCGUUACUUCCGGCUCUGAGCCCAGCAUUGAUGGUAUCCUGCGACAGCCGCAGAAUGGAACUAGGUUCAGCCAUCGACGCCGUGCCUCUAUGGGAGGUAUCAACACCUUUCCCUCUGCCUACGACAACCAGCGGCACCAGCGGGUCUCGCCAUCGGAGCGUCCACGUCCGUUUUCGACACUUUCAGAUACUACUCUCGGUCCUCGACCCCCGCCAUCCACGCCCUCGGGCAUGUCUGCUUUUUCAUCUGGAACAACGACACCCACGUUCACUCCUCCUCCGGACGCUUCAACGCUGCCCUCGGCAGAAUCUUCAAGGCACGGAAGCUUCGUGCGGUCUCCCAUCAGAGGAAGCUCUGGGUUGGAGUCUCCCGUCGAGGAACCAAGGUCUCUUCACCAGCUGAGAACCGCUCGACAGCGUCGGCUGAGCGAGUCUGAUCACACAAGGUUCGGCGCAGGCUCUGCUCGCCGCAACGGUGUAGUCGAGCCUGAUCAUGCGCCGGGUGAGGGACCUCGUAGCUGGAUCAUCUAUGUACUCGGCGGCAGUUAUCCAGAAAACCAUCCUAUUCUCACCACGCCGAGUCUCUUCACUGACACCCCUACUUACGAAGACAUGAUGCUACUUUCAACUCUUCUCGGUCCCGCCAAACCCCCCGUUGCUAGUGAGUCGGACGUUUCGUCUGCAGGUGGUCUCUACAUAGUCCGCGAGGCUGCUCAAGCGAACAAAGAACCCGGUGGAUUGCUUGCGGCUGCUGUUGAAGGCGAAGAGAUCAUUGUCAUCUCAUCAGACCAGCGCUGCCUCGUUUGUCUGAGUGAAUAUCAAGAAAACGAAGAAGCUCGCAAGUUGAUACAAUGUGGACACCUCUUUCACCGGGAAUGUAUUGAUCAGUGGCUCACGACUGGACGAAAUUCGUGCCCACUCUGCAGAGGACAGGGUGUUGAGGAGCAUGAAAAACGGCCGACCGCCCCAGCGACACCUGAGAUGCCUGCAGUCGCAUGA